AUUCCUGACCGCCCUUUCGUGUCCCGCAAAAUAAUCCUGUGUCUUAAUAAGCACCGCCGGCAUUUCCAGCGUUCCUAAACCUCGGGACGGCUCCAACCCCUCGGUGCCCUAAUUCCUGCAACGAUGAGAAGAACCUCCCGCUUCCUCUCAUGCAGCUCUAUACUGGAGAGAGCCACUAAUGUAAAGGAUUCUUUCUGGUUGACUAGUCAACAUAGUAUUUCGACUUCUGGACCAGAUCUUGUGAAUGAUGGAAGCUCCUCAGUUAGACCACCAUUUUCUCCUACAGGAAGCUCCUCAGUUAGACGGAAGGCAGAAUACGCUCUUUAUAAGGGAAAAGCUGCCUUGUCAGUGUCACCAGUUCUUCCAACUUUCCGUGAAGUGGAUUCUGGGGUUUCUAGAGUAUAUAAAAAAGGCUGUGUUAUCUUGACAUUUUGGCCUGCCGUUGGUGUAAGAAAGUAUGAUUGGCAAAAGAAGCAGGCCUUUGCUCUGUCACCUACUGAAGUUGGAAGCUUGAUUGGCCUGGGACCUGCUGAAUCUUGUGAAUUUUUCCAUGAUCCCUCAAUGAAAUCAAGCCUUGAAGGCCAGGUGAAGAAAUCACUAUCAAUUUCCCCAAUGAAAGAUAAAACUGGAAUUCUUCUAAACUUUUCUGUUGUAAAUAACAUCCAGAAGACAAAUGAGCGGUUCUCUGUUCCAGUUACAAAGGCUGAGUUCACAGCAAUUCGUACAGUGUUAAGUUAUGUAUUGCCGCAUAUCAUGGGUUGGACCCAGGCUGCAAGCCCACAACCGCCAAGCACCGCAACACAUACUCCAAAAGAGCAGAUUGAGGAGCGGCCAGAUCCAUCUCUCGAGUGGGGAAGGUAAAUCAGAGCUCGGUUUUCCGGCAUAGCCUUCUCUGGCAGUAAAGAAACGAUGGUGCUGAACACUUGUCGGUGUAAAACUCCCACUGCUGGAUGCUGAGUUUGAUGUUUGAACUUGUUGGACAAUGGGAUGUGGUUCACGGGAAUGGUGUUUUAUGUUUUGGAUUGGAUCUCCCUAACUGCAACUUGUCUUAAACUGUGGCUGCCAACUGGACCUGCAAAAAACUUUUUGUGUGAUCUGCAGAAAACUGUGUCAUGCUUGAGAGGACAAACAGGCAUAUCUCAGAUCUAAAGCUUUUUGCAUCAAACUUAAAUUGCUGAAGUUAACUACUGCUUCAUUGCUAUUGAGAAUGGAUGAUAGGAGUAAUGCUAUAUUUCUGGUAUA